GAGGGCGGGCCCGGCGGCCAUGGCGGCCAUGGCGGCGGAGCCGGCAGUGCCCGACUACGAGUCGGCCGAGCUGUACACGCGCGCGUUCCGCGUGGGCGCCCUGGGCUUCGGCUGGCGGCAGCUGCUGGGGCCGCCCGACCUCUCGCUGGCGGAGGAGGAGGAGGAGGACGCGGACCUGGCCGUAGCAGCGGCGCUGGACUGCGCGCCGGCCACGGCGGCCGAGCUGCGCGCCGUCUGCAGCAUUGAUAUGUUAAUGUCUUCUGAAAAAGAAGAAGACCCAGAUGUUAUUCCUGAAGAUAGCAGUCUGCUCACUCUUCGAAUGAGGAAGAAGGCCUUAGAGAGGAGAGAAGAAACAAUUAUUGUGGAUCGGGCUUGCAGACAAGAAACUCUUACCUUUGAGAUGGAGUCCCAUGCAAGUGGAAAGAGGCCAGACAAUCCAACAGAUCUAAUUGAGGAGGGAGAACUACUUUUAACUCUGAACAUCUUUUAUCCUGUUAUAUUUCAGAAGCAUAAAGAUCACAAACCCUACCAAACAGUCCUUGUACUGGGCAGCCAGAAUCUCACUGAGCUGAGAGACUCGAUUUCCUGUGUCAGUGACCUCCAGAUAGGUGGUGAGUUCAGCAGUCAGCCAGAUCAAGCACCAGAGCACAUCAGCAAGGAUCUCUACAAAUCUGCCUUCUUCUAUUUUGAAGGCAUCUUUUAUAAUGAUAGAAGAUAUCCAGAGUGCAGAGAUCUGAGCAGAACAAUUAUAGAGUGGUCAGAAUCUCAUGACAGAGGCUAUGAAAAUCUUCAGUCUGUUAAGAUGGAGGACUAUGUAUUUAAUGAUUUAUCCCUCAAAAUUGGCUUUCCAUACCUUUACUGUCACCAAGGGAACUGUGAACACAUCAUUAUAAUCACAGAUAUAAGGCUUAUUCAUCAUGAUGACUGUCUGGAUAGGAAUCUAUAUCCCUUGCUGGUCAAGAAACAUUGGCUAUGUACCAGAAAAUGUUUUGUGUGCAAGAUGUAUACAGCAAGGUGGGUAACCAACAGAGACACUCUAGCACCAGAGGAUCCUUGUUUCUUCUGUGAUGUUUGUUUUCGGAUGCUCCAUUAUGAUGCAGAAGGCAAUAAACUGGGGGAGUUUCUUGCAUAUCCUUAUGUUGAUCCUGGGAUUUUCAACUGAAAUUGACGAGAGCGCCAGGAUUAAUUCAGUGAAUGACAUUGUUGAAUGUGUUGCUCUGUGUGGAAGGGGCUAACAGCAGGCCUGUUAACUAAAGGAGUGAAAAGAAGCAAGAAGCUGAUAAGGAGCUCUCUCCAAGGCUGUCACCAAGGAGACGAAGCGAAGACAGGAAUUGAAGAAACAUAAGAACUUUGCAGCUGGACGAAGUAUUUUUAGAAAGUUAGUUAAGUCACUGUAAUUUCUUACCAAUAGAAUUAUGUUGAAUUAUUGUGGCCAUGAAGCAUAAACAAUUGGAAACUGUUUAAAAGAUCAGCCAUGUUCAAGAAUAAAGAGUUGCCAACUGAGA